UUUUUUUUCUGCACGUGGUUCGAACGUGUGAGCAUGAUAGCCAUCUUGUUCAAUUGCAUCACACUAGGAAUGUACCAACCGUGUGCCGAUGAGAUCUGCACAUCUAGCCGGUGUCGACUUCUGCAGAUCUUUGACGAUUUCAUCUUCGGUUUCUUCGCCAUUGAAAUGAUGAUCAAGACCAUAGCCAUGGGCAUCACCGGGAAAGGAGCUUACAUGAGCGACUCAUGGAAUCGACUCGACUGCUUCAUAGUUUUUGCAGGAGCUUUAGAAUACUGCCUUGAUGUCGGUAACAUUAAUCUUUCUGCGAUUAGGACAAUCCGAGUACUUAGACCGCUCAGGGCAAUCAAUAGAAUACCAAGCAUGCGCAUAUUAGUGAUGCUGCUUCUCGAUACGCUUCCAAUGCUGGGGAACGUUCUUCUCUUGUGCUUUUUUGUGUUCUUCAUUUUCGGCAUUGUAGGGGUGCAGCUGUGGGCUGGCCUACUACGACAACGGUGCUACAUAGAUCUUCCUAAAAAUGUUUCCUACCCCGAGAAUGUCCCUACUUUUUAUCAUGAUCCUGAUGACGACGAAUAUGAAUAUAUCUGCAGCCUGGACAAGGACAGUGGCAAUCACAAGUGCAUUGACCUUCCUCCGUAUACUUAUGUGGGUAGGGCGUGCAAUGGAACGGCCUUACCAUUCAGCAGCAAUUCUCCCUCUGAGACGCAUUGCGUGAAUUGGAACAAUUACUAUACCGUGUGCCGGGCGGGAAACAGAAAUCCCUUCAAAGGGGCCAUCUCUUUCGAUAAUAUUGGAUUAGCAUGGGUGGCUAUUUUUUUAGUGAUCAGUCUAGAAGGCUGGUCGGAUAUUAUGUACUACGUACAAGAUGCUCAUUCAUUUUGGGAUUGGGUUUACUUUGUCCUGCUUAUAGUGAUUGGUUCAUUCUUCAUGAUCAACCUGUGCCUCGUUGUCAUCGCCACGCAGUUCUCGGAGACAAAGAAACGCGAGAUGGAACGCAUGCGAUUGGAACGAUCGACCAUGAACUCCAGCAGCAGCAUUGCCAGCAACACUUUUUCCGAACCUACGGGUUGCUACAACGAGAUUGUCAAAUACGUAGCACACCUUACACGGUGCGGAAGAAGGCGACUAUUGCUUUGGUAUAAGCACUUCCGGAGAAAACGACGUAAAGAGGAAUGUGGACGGACAAGCAUGUCCUUAAGGAGGACACGUAGAUCCUCGUCUCAACAUCACGGGUCCUGGUCAUCAUCAGAAAGGAGAUCUUCAAAACAACGGAGAUCUUCAGCAUCCCUUAAUGGCAACAGCCAGCAAGGAAAUUCCAGCCGGAAAACAUCGACCCAUGUCCAUCCUGUGCCAGAGAUGGCCGUCCUCCAGGUUCCGUUCGCGGAGAGCCCUCAAGCUCCAUGCGCGAGUCCGGAAAUAUCUGACAUCGAUCUGAUCGGAUCCCCAAGAAAACCCAAACUUGAAAUACCUCAUCGGGACCAACCCUCCUUCAGUGGCAGUGAAUACAUCUUCUCCACUGAUUCAUCAGUACCCACGCUACCACAAGAUGUACCCAAAGACUACUCUCCUCGAGUGUCCAUUUCCCAUGAACCCGGAAGGCGAAGAGUAUCUAGCGGCAGUUCCAGAAGAACAUCACGGCUCACGUGCGCCCAACUACUUGCCCUGAGUGGCACACAAGGUGCCGCUCUGGCCGCCAGUUGCAACUUCGCAGUCCACAGAAUAUGUUCCGGUAUUGGAAGAGGUAAUAGUGGAUUUUACGGUUGCUCCACUCAGAAAGUCGUAUUUUCAUCUGGAACUUUUAAUAAACCUGAAGAAUUAACAUUUAUAGUGGAAGUCAGUAACCUGGUGUUUACUGGCAUAUUUGGAUUUGAGAUGUGCCUGAAAAUUUUAGCCGAAGGUCUUUAUGGUUAUAUCAGCAGUGGAUAUAACGUGUUCGACGGUGUCAUCGUUAUACUCAGCAUAGUGGAACUGUGUCAGAGCAGUGGUAGCGGUUUGUCUGUUUUAAGAACAUUUCGUCUUUUACGGAUUUUGAAGCUUGUGAGGUUCCUACCUGCUCUCCGACGUCAGUUAGUCAUCAUGCUGAGGACAGUGGACAACGUGGCGGUAUUUUUCGCCCUGCUCAUACUCUUCAUAUUCAUUUUCAGCCUCCUGGGCAUGCAUUUGUUCGGAGGUAGAUUUUGCAGACGCGGAGAUGGUCGAGGUAUGUGCAGCUGCAUUGAGCUUCAAAAGCCGGAAUCUUACUGCCUAUGCGACAGAAUGAAUUUCGACAACUUCCUCUGGGCUACAGUCACCGUAUUCCAGAUUUUAACUCAGGAAGAUUGGAACAUCGUCCUUUUCAAUGGAAUGGAAAGGACCUCUCACUGGGCCGCAUUGUACUUCGUCGCUCUCAUGACGUUCGGAAAUUACGUUCUCUUCAAUCUUCUAGUUGCGAUCCUUGUAGAAGGGUUCUCCGCAGAAGAUGAAAGGAAAAGGAGCGACGAGUCUAUUAAUAAUGAAGAAGAGCAUAAGCAGGUCAAAAAAUCGUCUAGAAAAGAAUCAAGGCAUGGUCAUCGUCAUUCAAGACAUUCACCUGAGCCAGGAGACAGUAAGGAGGCUGCUUGUUCACCACCUAUUAUCACGCACACAGCAGCUACUCCUCAAGGUUCUCCUAACAACACCCUUGAGCCCUUAAUGAGAGACCUCAAGGAUAGGCUCACCCCUAUUAUGGCAUUCAGUGUCCCUGGAGUAUCCUUCGAAUCUAUUGACAAAACAUCGACUGUUUCGAGUCUUCAUGAUUCGAGUAGUCAUUUGUCAAGAAGUCAACGAACAAGCAUCGGGAGUGAUAUCCUCAUGUAUGUGCCAAAUUAUACAGUUCCUAAUUCCUCCACAGAAAGUGUCAGUUUAACAAUGAAGACUACAUCCAGAAGAUUGUCCCAGGAAUGUGAAGCAGAAGAGGAGAAUUAUCCCAAAGUUAAGUUGAAAGAUUAUGAUGACGAAGAAUUAUUCACGGUAGAAGAAGAAAUGAUUUACACAAAUGCCUUAAAGAGCUUAAAUGGAAACAAAAAUGCCGCUCGGUUGCAUGUUCUGAAUCACAGACAUUGCAACGGAGGAGUACCUCUUCUCAAAAACAAAACAACUGGGCCAAUCUUAAAGGACACUGAAGUCCAUCUGACUCACAAGGACAUCAGUCCGCAGUAUUCUUUAAGAAGCCAAGAUUCACUCCCGAUGGACAGUAGCUGCAGCAGGACUCUAAGAAGGGACUCUACGGAGACAAGAGCAACAGGAAGCAGCAGGCAUCACUCUUUGACCAGUGGUGACCAACCUCUAAGCAGGCAGAGCUCUUUGGCAAGUGCGAGCUUAUAUCCUAGUCCUCAGAACUCUGCUAGGUGUGUCACAUCGGCCAAAGAUAAGGAGGGUGUGGAACCGCUUGCCAUACCAGAAGAAAUAGUUAUUCCAAAAGAAAUUGAAUGUAAAAACGAUCAGUGUGUGAUUACAGAAAAGAUUUGCUGGAUAAUUGAACCAAAAGGCUGGAUAAAAAGAAGAGAGAAUUAUUCAAUUUUCCUGUUUCCUCCUGCUAACAGAUUUGAUAUUUUAAUAUCUGCGGAGGAUAGGUUAAGAGAAACAUCAGCUUUCGGAGUAUCGGUGAUUGCGAAGGGUCUAUGGUACGGGGACAGAGCCUACUUCAAGAGUGGAUGGAAUGUGAUGGACGGAUCUCUGGUCAUCAUCUCCCUGGUGGACUUUUGCCUCUCUUUUAUCGCAGACGGAAGUCCCCGGAUAUUCGGAAUCCUUCGUGUUUUCCGACUUCUGAGAUCACUCAGACCACUCAGAGUCAUCAAUAGGGCUCCAGGACUCAAACUAGUAGUCCAGACUCUAUUAUCCUCUCUUAGACCCAUCGGAAACAUUGUGCUCAUCUGUUGCACUUUCUUCAUCAUCUUUGGUAUUUUAGGCGUACAGUUGUUCAAGGGUAGUUUGUUCUACUGCGAGGGACCUGAUAUCAGGCAUGUUAAAAAUAGAACGGAUUGCGAAUCUGAUCCCAGAAACCAGUGGGUAAAUCAACGCUACAAUUUUGAUAAUCUUGGUCAGGCUUUGAUGUCGUUAUUUGUACUCUCUUCUAAAGAUGGAUGGGUAAACAUUAUGUAUACCGGUUUAGAUGCAGUCGGUGUCGAUCAACAGCCCAUCGUGAAUUACAACGAAUGGCGGCUUCUCUAUUUUAUAUCUUUCCUCUUGCUGGUGGCUUUCUUUGUGCUCAACAUGUUUGUGGGUGUUGUAGUAGAGAAUUUUCAUCGAUGUAGAGAAGAGCAAGAGAAAGAGGAGAAGGCGCUUCGAGCAGCGAAAAGGGCUAAGAAGCUCGAGAGGAAGAGAAGAAAAAUGCGAGAACCACCCUAUUACAUCAACUACUCAAAGCCACGUCUUCUCACUCAUAACAUCAUUACAAGCAAGUAUUUUGACUUAGCAAUUGCUGCAGUCAUCGGGCUAAAUGUUGUCACUAUGGCAACAGAAUUUUACAUGAUGCCCAUGGAGCUUGUAUAUGCCCUAAAGGUUUUCAACUACUUUUUUACUGCCGUCUUCAUUUUAGAAGCGGCAAUGAAAAUUGUUGCCUUAGGACUUCGUAGAUAUCUUUCAGAUCGAUGGAACCAAUUAGAUGUUGGAAUCGUAAUCCUCUCCGUAAUUGGUAUCGUUUUGGAAGAAAUGGAAUCCGAAGUUAUACCAAUUAAUCCGACAAUCAUUCGAGUGAUGAGAGUCUUAAGAAUAGCAAGAGUACUGAAAUUGCUCAAAAUGGCUAAAGGUAUUCGAGCUCUUCUUGAUACCGUAAUGCAAGCUCUUCCACAAGUAGGAAACCUUGGCCUUCUAUUCUUUCUCCUAUUUUUUAUAUUUGCUGCCUUAGGAGUUGAACUGUUCGGUCGCCUGGAAUGUACUGACGACUAUCCAUGCCAGGGUCUCGGGGAACAUGCUCAUUUUCGGAACUUUGGGAUGGCAUUCCUCACAUUGUUCCGGGUGGCCACAGGAGACAACUGGAACGGAAUUAUGAAAGACACACUGCGAGAGAACUGUGAUCCGUCGAGCGACUGCAUUCGUAACUGUUGUGUCUCUCCCGUGAUCGCCCCUCUGUACUUCGUAGUGUUUGUACUAAUGGCACAGUUUGUGCUGGUGAAUGUUGUCGUCGCAGUGCUCAUGAAGCACCUCGAGGAGUCUCAUAAGCAUAUGGACGACGAUAUAGAAUUGGACGCUGAAAUUGAAAGACAGAUUGAAGCCGAACUACAAGCUGCCGAUAGUGUCAGGAGGAAGCAUGGACGUGAGAAAAGAAGAGAAGCAAAGAAGCUUGAGGAAGAAAGACAACUCGCUCACAGAAAACUUGUUAAGAUGUCCUCACUCCCAGCUAACUUCAUCUUCCGUUUUUCAGAUGAGGGCAAAAAUACUUCCAUAGAUCGAACAGCUGGUGCCCACUACAGUCCACUGGCAACAAUAUCAGUGCAUGAAGAUGAUAACGCCUCUCCAACACUAUCAUGGCCGAUUUCUGCUCUUAAUGAAGCCAAAAAUAGGCGUCACACAAUAGAGACCGGUGAUGCCGAAGACAGACGUCCAAUGUCUCAACUGAGCCCUACACCUUUGGUAGGUAGUGUCAUCAGCCUUUGUAGUUCUGGCCUAUCAGAUGGAGGCUCCUACAAAUCUCCUCACCAAACGAAAAAAGUCUCACUAGAGAAGCAAGCCACGCUGAAUAAAUAUAUGGGACCACCCAUACGCAUGAUCAGUGCCGAAUCCAGUGAUGAUGCAAGUGCCCCAUCAGUGACUGUCAUUGCAAUUGAAAAUGAUGACGAUGAUGAAAGCCAGGCUUGUGGAGGUAGUGCUGCUGAAGAUGUUAGAAAUCCUCUGGAUGAUGAACUGUCUAUAUGCGAUGUUGUUCUAUCAGAUGAAGAUGAAAAUAAUGAAAUUAACUUAGACGACAAUGGAUUGCUAUGGUACAUUGAAGAAGAAGAGUCAAUGACGUCCACAAAUGGCUUGCUCAGGAACUAUCCUGAAUUGCGCUCUCAACCGGGCUUAGAUACUGUGUCUUGGACAGCUUCGGACGAAUUUUCGUCUACAACCAUAUCCGGAACGCUUUCUGGUGCUGACGCUGUUCCAGGAGAAGAACAAAAGAAACUUCCGGAAGAUGGGGAACCCUCCACUUUUCCACAACCGUCAUCUUCCACUCAGUGCAUAUCGAUAUCCCAAUCGUCGUCUCUAAGAAUGUUAGAACUUGAAGAUGCCGGUGAAGAAGAGAUGGAGGACGUCCUCGUGGUAGAUCCCAACGAUCAAAAAGCUGUGCUAGUCUUAGGCACCAGACGAUGCAGCGGAAUGCCAGUGACUAGCGAUGACAAUAUUGGACACUGCAUUACAAAACCACCGGAUGAAUGCUAACGAUGUAGACAAGACCCGUAGUAAUAAGUUCAGUGUUCCACUUUCCCUUCUAGUAAUUCUAUUUUUUGCUUCUAAGGCCUAUAUAUUGAAACAAUCAGUUUAAUUUUGAAAAAUAAAUACAAAUGCUAAACCUUUACCUAAAUUAAAAACUUUAGCAUGAUUACUUAAAUAC